CUCCCCUUGUCAAUCGUAUCUAACAACUGAUUACAGAAUUAGAAAAUGUAUAAAAAUUUCCAAAUAACAUUCAAACCGCUUUAAAAAAAAAUUCCAAAAUCGCAUAAAAUCAUUAAACAAAUCAAAAUAUUGUUUGCAAUUUGUGGAGUGGAAUCCUCAGGGCAGUGCUUCCAAAAUGCCCGCUGUACGAGGAGAUGGCAUGCGAGGUCUUGCCGUAUUCAUUUCUGAUAUACGAAAUUGCAAAAGUAAAGAAGCCGAAAUCAAACGAAUUAAUAAAGAAUUAGCAAAUAUUCGUAGUAAAUUCAAAGGGGAUCGAACACUGGAUGGUUAUCAAAAGAAGAAAUAUGUUUGUAAAUUAUUGUUCAUAUUUUUAUUGGGUCACGAUAUCGAUUUUGGUCACAUGGAGGCUGUUAAUUUACUGUCAUCGAAUAAAUACUCCGAAAAACAAAUUGGUUAUUUAUUUAUAUCAGUGCUAGUAAAUACAAACAGCGAACUUAUCAAAUUGAUUAUCCAAAGUAUUAAAAAUGAUUUAGCAUCACGGAAUCCAAUUCAUGUCAACUUAGCACUACAAUGUAUCGCAAAUAUUGGAAGCAAAGAGAUGGCUGAAGCUUUUGGAAAUGAUAUUCCAAAAUUACUUGUAUCUGGCGAUACUAUGGAUGUUGUAAAACAAAGUGCCGCAUUAUGUUUACUCCGAUUAUUCCGAACAUGUCAGGAUAUUAUUCCUGGGGGCGAAUGGACGUCUCGUAUUAUUCAUUUACUAAAUGACCAACACAUGGGUGUAGUAACAGCUGCUACGAGUUUGAUUGACGCAUUAGUUAAACGUAAUCCGGAUGAGUAUAAAGGCUGUGUCUCAUUAGCUGUUUCACGAUUAAGUCGAAUAGUGACAGCCAGUUACACAGACCUUCAAGAUUACACUUAUUAUUUCGUUCCUGCACCUUGGUUAUCGGUGAAGCUUCUACGUUUAUUACAAAACUACACACCACCAGCGGAGGAUCCAGGUGUACGGGGUCGUUUGAAUGAAUGCUUAGAGACAAUAUUGAACAAAGCUCAGGAACCACCAAAAUCCAAGAAAGUACAACAUUCAAAUGCUAAAAAUGCUGUCUUGUUUGAGGCAAUCAGCUUAAUUAUACAUAAUGACAGUGAAGCAAAUUUAUUGGUACGAGCUUGCAAUCAACUUGGACAAUUCUUAUCAAAUCGUGAAACAAAUCUACGUUAUUUAGCAUUAGAAUCAAUGUGCCAUCUUGCAACAUCUGAAUUUUCACAUGAAGCUGUUAAAAAGCAUCAAGAAGUCGUUAUCCUGUCGAUGAAGAUGGAGAAAGAUGUGAGUGUGCGACAGCAAGCUGUUGACUUGUUGUAUGCGAUGUGCGACAAAAGUAAUGCUGAGGAGAUCGUACAAGAGAUGUUACAUUAUCUAGAAACAGCUGAUUAUUCGAUACGUGAAGAAAUGGUGCUAAAAGUAGCUAUACUCGCUGAAAAAUAUGCUACAGAUUAUACAUGGUAUGUGGAUGUUAUCUUGAAUCUCAUACGUAUCGCUGGUGAUUAUGUAUCGGAGGAAGUUUGGUAUCGUGUUAUCCAAAUCGUUAUCAAUCGUGACGAUGUUCAAGGAUAUGCUGCUAAAACUGUUUUUGAGGCUUUACAAGCACCAGCAUGCCAUGAAAAUAUGGUAAAAGUUGGUGGUUACAUACUCGGUGAAUUUGGUAAUUUAAUCGCAGGCGACCAGCGUUCAUCACCAGCUGUUCAAUUUCAAUUGCUCCAUUCCAAAUAUCAUUUGUGUUCGCCAAUGACACGAGCCCUUCUACUCUCCACAUACAUCAAAUUUGUGAAUUUGUUCCCGGAAAUUCGACCAAAUAUACAGGAAGUGUUUCGUAUGCACAGUAAUUUACGUUCAGCAGACGCUGAAUUACAACAACGCGCUUCUGAAUAUUUACAAUUGAGCAUUAUAGCCAGCAGUGAUGUGUUGGCAACCGUUCUCGAAGAGAUGCCUGCUUUCCCUGAACGUGAAUCCUCUAUACUUGCCGUGCUCAAGAAAAAGAAACCAGGACGUAUACCAGAAACAGCUGACAUGCGAGAAUCAAAGAGUCCUGCUCCUACUGCUAAUCAUAAUAACGAUUCAACUGCGAAUGCACCCAGAAGCAAUACUUCAUCGACGGAUCUACUUGGUUUAAGUACACCUCCAACGUCAGCUCCUGGUUCUGGCAACACAGGUGUACUUUUAGACGUGUUGGGUGACAUCUACAACAACAAACCAGCCAAUUAUAACAACAAUACCUCAGCGUCCACAGUUCAAUAUAAUCCUAAGAAAUUUGUGUGCAAAAAUAAUGGAGUACUAUUUGAAAAUGAAUUAAUUCAAAUCGGAGUGAAAUCAGAGUUCCGACAAAAUUUAGGUCGUUUAGGUCUAUUUUAUGGAAACAAAACAUCAGCACCUUUGCAAAACUUCCAAACGAGUAUUUCAUGGCCUGAUGAUCAAGCUGCUAAAUUAUUUGUACAAAUGAAACCGGUUGAACCAGUUCUCGAAGCUGGUGCUCAAAUUCAACAAAUGUUUAAUGCAGAAUGCAUCGAUGAUUAUACAGAUACACCAAGUUUGGUGAUAAAUUUUACGUACAAUAAUUUCCCACAAAAAAUCACAUUAAAAUUACCAUUGACAAUAAAUAAAUUCUUUGAGCCAACUGAAAUGAAUGGUGAGUCAUUCUUUGCCCGAUGGAAGAAUUUAAGUGGAACGCCACAACGCUCUCAGAAAAUAUUCAAAGCAACCGUUCCAAUGGACUUAACAGUGACACGCACCAAAAUGUUAGGCUUUGGAAUGCAACUCCUUGACAACAUUGAUCCCAAUCCAGAUAAUUUUGUUUGUGCUGGCAUCAUACACAUGCGCAAUCAACAAGUUGGAUGUUUGUUACGUUUGGAGCCCAACAAACAAGCACAGAUGUAUCGAUUGACAGUGCGUUCUAGUAAAGAAAGUGUAUCGAUGCAAAUUUGCGAUUUAUUAGUCGACCAAUUCUAAAACAAAUAGGGAACCAUAUACAUUUUCGACUAUAACUUUACACCCUAAUAUUUCCCUCCCUCAACAAAAAAAAAAUCUAUAAAUAUAUAUAUA